GAGGAGGGGCUCGCGCUCGGACUGAACGCCCGAACGCUGCUGUAUCUGCUGUGUGUGUAUAUGUGUGUGUGUAGCCUACGUGUACGUACAUUUAUACGUUUGUACGUGUGUGUAUGUGAGUGUGUGAGAGAGAAGGAGCGCACGCGAGGCCGGGCAUCCGCAGAAUAGCUCCGCUCCGGGUGUAGGGGGAUUGUAAUAGCACCAUUAUGGGGAGGACGGAGCACCGCGCACCGGCGGAGUGGACCACGGAACGACCGCGGGGGUCGCGCGCAGCAUCCUUAAGGUGUCCUUUUUUCCGUCCGUGUGAAGCAUAAACAGGAGCGGCUCCGUCGUGCCGGGAUUACCGAGGAGAUUAACGGGCUGUGUGGUUCGAUGACGGGAUACCGGUUCAGAGGUACGGAAUGUAAACGAUCUCCAAUCUGAGGAUUUACCCCCCAGCACACCCCCAGCAUCGCGGUACAUCCAUGGCGCUGUCCUCGUCCUACGGCGUACCGGGCCGCACCGGGCCACCGAGACCGCGAGGCCAGCGGCUCUGAAGCGGCUCCGUAGUCGUUCGCUUUCCGCAUGUCCGCCUUCCGCCUGGACCUGCACCACGCGCCUUCAGCACCACGGCGGCUGGACAGCGACCGCAUGGACUCCUCGCCUUCAGCACCACCGGAGCCGGACAGCGACCGCAUGGAGUCCCCGCUGGACUCCAGCCCGCAAUUCCCGCAGUGCCCGCCGCUCCACGCGCCUCCUCCUCUCUCAGAUACCGGAGGGCUCGAGCCUCCUUCGCCGCCGCCUCCGCCGCUGCUGCACCCAGGAGGCCUGGGCACGGCGCUCGAGGAGGAGCUAGCCAUGCUGGCGCGCGAGCGGGAACGGGAGCAGGAGGAGGACGCGGCGGAGCUGGCCGCCGCCUCGGAGGCGCCGCUGGAGCAGGACGUGGACCUCCUCGCGCUCUUCCGACAAAAGGAGAGGGACUUGGUCCUCGCCGCCAAACUCGGCAAAGCACUACUUGAACGCAACCAAGACCUCAGCAAGCAAUACGAGAACAUGAACCAGGAGCUAAACCAGAAGCUGGAGCACCUGGAGCAGGAGAAGCACGAGCUGCGGCGGCGGUUGGAGAGGCGUGAGGGCGAGUGGGAGGGCCGGGUGGCCGAGCUGGAGACGGAUGUGCAGCAGCUUCAGGGUGAACUGGAGAGACACCAGAUGCAGCUUCGAGAAGCUGAUCGGGAUAAAACCCGCGCCAUCACCGAGCUGUCGGAGCAGAACCACCGUCUACUGGAGCAGCUCAGCAGAGCUGCUGAAGUGGAGAGACAGCUGUCCAGUCAGGUCCACUCUUUACGGGAUGAUUUCAGAGAGAAGAGCCUCUCCACCAACCAGCACAUGACACGUCUCGAGAACCUACAGGCGGAGAUAAAGAGGCUGUCGGAGCGUAAGCGCGAGCUGGAGCGGCGCGUGACCGCCGUGCUGGAGGAGAACGAGCAGCUGCAGCAUACCGUGGACAGCCUGCGGGAGCGCGCGCUGGUGCUCGAGAGACAGUGCCACGAGAAGGACCUGCAGCUGAGGCAGGGUCAGCUGGAGCUUCAGGAGGUGCGGGUGUCUCACCGGCAGCUGAGCGCACAGCUGGAGGAGCUGAGUGAGGAGCAGAGUCUGCAGAGCUUCAGCACCAACAGCCACUCACUGCUGUGUGAGAUCGAGCAGAGCAUGGAGCAGGAGGAGCUGGAGCAGGAGAGGGAGCAGUUGCGGUUGCAGCUGUGGGAAGCUUACUGCCAGGUGCGCUCUAUCUGUUCUCACCUGAGAGGAAAUGACAUCACAGACUCCGCCCUCUCCACGGAUUCUUCGAUGGACGAAUCGUCGGAGACGUCGUCUGCUAAAGACGUUCCUACAGGCAGCCUGCAGUCCAGCCUGCUGGAGCUGCGCAGACUCACACAGAACCUGCUGGACGGAAAUGAGUCGACGGGCUCGCGGCGCAGUGAUGAGGAGGUGUUGGAGGAGCAGGUGAGGAAGCUCGGAGACGAUCUGAGAGACGUGAGAGAACUUUUUGAACAGGAACAGGAAAGAGUGCGCAGUUCUCAGGAAGAGAUGCUGCAGCUCCAUAAUCAGAUCGCACUGCUCUCAUUAGAAGUGUGUUCGUCUCGGGAGGAGAACGAGAGAUUACGAGCCAUGUCUGAGGUUCAAGAACCCAACGAACAGCUACAGAGCGCCAUCCGAGACCGAGACGACGCCAUCACCAAGAAAAAAGCAGUGGAGUUGGAGCUGGCUAAGUGUAAGAUUGACAUCAUGUCUCUGAACAGUCAGCUCCUGGACGCUAUUCAGCAAAAGCUCAACUUGUCGCAACAGCUAGAAGCCUGGCAGGAUGAUAUGCACAGAGUGAUAGAUCAGCAGUUGAUGGAUAAGCAUCAGGAGGAAUGGAGGGAUGCUCCGUACUCUUUCUCCGGGGCCGGCGUUGGCCCCCGCGCCCAUUCGGGACCCCCUUCCAGGCGGCCCCACCGCCUCUCUGAUCGGGACAAGCGCCUCUUCUCGUUUUUUAAGAAGAACUGAGUCGGUCUAGAGAGGAAGAAGCGAAAGACUAAAAAACGUGAAGCACUGAAUUAUUGUAGAAACGUUUUCAUCAUUUCCACUCAAAUAAAACAUAUAUUAUGUAAUUUAUUUAAGUGGAAAUGAUGUUUAGAUUUGAAUCAAGAUUUGAACAAUUAAUUCAGUGCAUCAGUCUAUUUUAGUGUAUACAGAAUAAGAGAAAGAGAGAGAGAGAGAGAAAAAAAAGGAAAAGCAAUGGCAGCAAACCCAGUGAUGGACCGAGCCAAAGACUAAUACAGUAGAGCAAAUAACCACUAAACCCACCACAGAAUCUUGUGAAGGCCUGGAGCCGUUUUGCACUUUAUCUGCCCCGAUCACUCCACUCCUUCAGAUCAUUCCAGAUGAAGUUAAUGUGAAUUAUAGAAAGCUACGUUCAGACUGCCAGCCAAUCCAAUUUUUUCCAUUUUUCAAAUUUAUGUAGAAUUUUCUGAUUUCUUUAGUACCUGAAUUAAGGUGUGCCAAUACAUUAAUACUGCAGUAUAUGCAAAGCACCGACUGGUUCAGCAGUCUAAAGUGCUGCCACUAUGAUCAAAAAAGAUUGCUAGUUCGAAUCCUGAUCAUGCAGCUUGCCAUCAUCU